CAAUAGAGACGACAAAGUAAACCUCCGAGAGUUAUCCAAGAUGUCUCUCCCUACCGGCGGUGUUCCGCCACCCCCACCGCCGCCGCUUGUCCAGAGGGCCCCCACCCCACCUCCGGACCCAACGCCGCCAACCGUACCCUCGAAGGGACCUCCUGGAGCCUUUUGGUUAAAUUGAUGAUCUAUAAUGGCUCACCUUUCAAAGACCACUGGGCGUAUUUGGUGCGCUCUCACACUGAGGAUGGCAUCGGUGUCAAGAUUCACGCGACCGGCGACGUUCGUAAUGGCUUCAAAUUCGAGGUCAAACGCAGUCAUGACCUCGCAAGUACUCCCGACAUUCCAAACAAAAGGGCUCCACUUCAAUGGGUUGAUGCCAAGCACUUUGACGAAGGCGUGAUGCUCAACUGGGGAGUGGAAAAGAUCGAUGAGAGGCCUGUCUGUGGUUUUGAGGCCAGUGCAUACCAGGCGAAGGCUCCUGGAAAGACUUUGAAUGCGCCCGGUGAUAAGGAUGCGUCUGGCAAACAGGUCACCCUCGAGAACUGCCAAUAUUGGUUGGUUGAGGCAGCGGGCUACCUUGUUCAAGAUCGCCUGUUCGGUCCUGAAGUUGCUACUUACCUGCACGCGAUUGAACAGUGAUGUCCUGGGAAACCUCUCAAGGUUCCCAAAAUCAUCAAUCUACAAAUCACUGGCUUUCAUAUGAAUGACUCAGUACACGGACCUUCUCGUUUUCGCAACGUCACUAGAUGGAAUUUGAAAGCAAAGUACUUGAUUGCGAGGAUUGGGGCUUUUAUCG